AUGGCAUUGGUAAUGGAACCUAUAAGUAAAUGGACACCUAAGCAAGUGCUGGAUUGGAUGAAAGGCCUGGAUGACUGCCUCCAGCAGUACAUCAAGAACUUUGAGAGGGAGAAGAUCAAUGGGGAGCAGCUCCUGCACAUCACCCACCAGGAGCUGGAGGAGCUGGGCGUCACCCGCAUCGGCCAUCAGGAGCUCAUCCUGGAGGCAGUGGACCUGCUAUGUGCGCUGAACUAUGGCUUGGAGACAGAGAACCUGCGCACACUCUCCCACAAGCUCAACGCCUCUGCCAAGAACUUGCAGAACUUCAUCACGGGCCGGCGCCGGGGCGGGCACUAUGACGGCCGGGCCUCACGCCGCCUGCCCAAUGACUUCCUAACCUCAGUGGUGGAUCUCAUCGGGGCGGCCAAGAACCUGCUGGCCUGGCUGGACAGGUCCCCAUUUGUCAGCGUGACAGAGUACUCACUGCUAAAAAACAACAUUGUUCAACUGUGCCUGGAGUUAACCACCAUAGUGCAACAGGAUUGCACCGUGUACGAGACGGAAAACAAGAUCCUGCAUGUGUGUAAAACGCUGUCCGGAAUCUGCGACCACAUCAUCUCACUGUCCUCGGACUCUCUGGUCUCCCAGUCCGCCCACCUGGAGGUGGUUCACCUGACCAACAUCAUGCCCAGCGAAGGCCUGGGGAUGUACAUUAAGUCGACCUAUGAUGGCCUUCAUGUCAUCACCGGGACCACUGAGAAUUCUCCUGCUGACCAGUGCAAGAAGAUCCAUGCUGGGGAUGAGGUCAUCCAGGUCAACCACCAAACUGUGGUGGGCUGGCAACUGAAGAACCUGGUCAACGCUCUGCGGGAGGACCCAAAUGGAGUCAUCCUCACCCUGAAGAAGAGACCGCAGAACACCCUGACUUCUGCUCCCGCCUUGCUCAAGAAUGUACGCUGGAAACCCCUCGCCCUUCAGCCCAUCUCCACCAGCCCCACCAGUAACUCCACCACCCCGACGGGCACCAUGGGUGUGCCCUCCAAGAUGGAGGGCUCCAGCAUGCACGACGUCUUCAUCCUGUCUCCCGUUUCUGGCCUCUACGGACCCAGGGACGACAUGGGUGUCAUGUCCUGCGACGACAUCAGCAAGUACAGCAUGGGCAAGGCGAGCAUGAAGGGCUCUGAGUCACCCAGCUACUACCUCGACCAUGAAAGCGGCAAGUACUUCACCCUGGUGGAGGGCGAGGGCAUGCCCCCGGGGCAGGAGUACGACAGGGGCCGCUCCACAGGGGUCCGGAGGAGGGACAGGACCCCAACUCACGGUGACCUCAGGCCAGUUUCCAUGCCGACGGAGUACAACUGGAUGGCGGAGACAAAGGAGCCCAAUAUGUACAAAAGGGGCAGCAGAGACUCUGAUAACUCCCUCCUACGUUACCUGAGUGACGACAAGAUCCUGGUGAUCCAGGAGGAGCCGGAGGUGCGCGAGUGCAAGCGGGACACGAGCCGGCGCUCACGGAAGAAGGGCAAGAACCCCAGCAGCCCCAGCUAUCCCAUCAGCCCCUCCCUGCUGGCUCCCCCUGUCAGGCUGGACUCAGGACCCCCCGAAGGGCUUCCCUUCCCACUGCCUGAGAGCAACACUGUGCCACUUUACCAUAGAACCGGGGACACGCUGAGGGCAGAGACGGACAGGUAUGCUAGUUCUGGCAUCGAAAGACAAGGAGGCUCAUCCAUGAGGAAGUCAUUUCACUACGCCUCUUUAAGGACGAAAACCAAAAAGAGAACCAAAGGGUCUCUGACCAGCGCCAGCCGCAGGCGGAUCUCUUGCAAGGACCUGGGCCAUGGAGACUGUGAGGGCUGGCUGUGGAAGAAGAAGGAUGCUAAGGGCUACUUCACCCAGAAGUGGAAGAAGUACUGGUUUAUCCUGAAGGACUCUUCACUCUACUGGUACACCAACCAGAAUGAUGAGAAGGCAGAGGGCUUCAUCAGUCUCCCUGAGUUCAGGAUAGACAGAGCAAUUGAAUGCCGACGGAAAUUUGCCUUCAAAGCCUGUCAUCCCAAAAUCAAGAGUUUCUUCUUUGCCACAGACUGUUUAGAAGAGAUGAACAGGUGGAUGAACCGGCUGGGGCUGGCAGCCAUCGGGUACACGCCAGAUGACAAGGUGCCACGCCCCGACGAAGACUACUGGAGUGAGAGCGAUCAGGAUGAAGUUGACGGCUCCAUGACCCUCAAGCAGGACGGCCCGUCACCAAUGUGUGACAGCUACCACCGCACCCCUUCUGUCAACUCCUCCAGCCCCUUCCCCGAGCCCAAACAUGGACGUCACUUCUCCAGUGAGUCCACGUACUCUCACUCCUCGGCAGAGGACUCGCGGCCGGACGCUCCUGGCAGCACCCACUCGUCGGGCUGCCGUUCCACAUACCGCGAGCGCCGCUCCUGGCAGGACCUGAUCGAGACGCCCCUCACCAGCUCCGGUCUGCACUUCCUGCAGACGGUGCCCGCUGAGGGCGAGGGUGGGGGAUACGCGGGCACCAUGGGGGGCGGCCGCCCAGCCAUGUCGCCCGAGCACCGGCGGCAGGCCACGCUGCCGGUCCAGCGGCGGCACCGGCCCGACCGCGACGGGCCCUUCCCCCUGGUGGAGAGCGAGGAGCACGGGCUGCACACCCACCGCCGCGCCCAGAAGCAGAGGAGCCAGAGCCUCCCACGAAACCGCGAGGGACGGGGCAACAAGGCCAGCCUUCACCUGACCGGGCCCUCGGAGGAGAAGAGUGAAGACGACGAGGUGCCUUUCCGCAAGCACAACAGCACCGGCAAAGACGAGAGCCAGCACGAGGAGCGGGAGGGGAUAGACGGCCUGCAGGAGCUGUACCGCUCACUGGAGCAGGCCAGCCUGUCGGCGUUCGGAGAGCAGCGGCCCUCCACCAAGCAGGAGUUCCGCCGCUCCUUUGUCAAGCGCUGCAACGACCCCGUUGUCAACGACAAGCUGCACCGCAUUCGUGCCCUGCGCAGCACACUUAAGGCCAAAGAGGGAGACCUGGCCAUCAUCAACCAAGUGCUAGAAGAGCCUGCCCUGACCUCUAAGAAGUUUCGUGAGUGGAAACAGCAGCACCACGAGCUGUUCAUGGACAUCUGCGAGUUCAGCUCCAGCCCCAGGGACCCCCACAAUGGGGCCAGCGAGCUCUCUCCAUUGGCCGCGCCCCUUAUGACGCACACCCACUCCUUCAUCGAGACGCACGUGUGAGGUGCCGGGGGGAGGGACCGUUACAGGACUCCACUCCUUCCUCACUCCUCCGACCCACCUACCAUCCCUCCCUUCCUUGUGCCGGAACUGACUGACCAACCAACCACUGUAAUAUGUGUAAAUACUGUACCGAGGACAGACAGACCAGAGUUGUGGUGUAAAUACACAGAGGAUGAAAUCGAGAAAAGCCCCGCAGGGUGCCCACUGCAUGUCUGAAGAGAAAGUAUUAUCCUUCAUUCAUCUUCUGAGCUCAGAACAGAAAAAAAAAACUUAACAACAAAAAAAAAGAACAAUAGAAAAUCUUUCUGGCUUUUGCUGUUGCAAAGUGUUAUCUCUUGUUGAUUAUUUAUUUCUGUUAUUUCUUUUGUUUUUUUCCUUUUUUUAAUUUAGUCGUGCUGACACCAGAGGGAGAUAUGUAGCAGCAAUAUGGAGGAGCACCAUUCCCACCACAACACUGUAUAAUUCUGUACUGAAUUUCACAGUC